AUGGCCCGCACCAAGCAGACCGCCCGCAAGUCCGUCGGCGGCAAGGCGCCCCGCCAGGCGCUGGCUGCAAAGGAGGCGCGCAAGCAGGCGCCCGUGGAGGGCGGCGUCAAGAAGCCGUUUCGGUACCGGCCAGGACAGAACCGUGGCGCUCCGCGAGAUCCGCAAAUACCAGAAGAGCACAGAGUUGCUGAUACGCAAGCUGCCCUUCCAGCGCCUGAUCCGCGAGAUCCCGCGCUCGGAGGACUUCAAGACGGACCUCAAGUUUCAGUCGCAGGCCGUGCUGGCCCUGAGGCGGCAGAGGCGUACCUGGUCGGCUUGUUCGAGGACGACACCAACCUCUGCGCCAUCCACGCCAAGCGCGUCACCAUCAUGCCAAAGGACUUGCAGCUUGCGCGCCGCCUGCGGGGCGAGCGCGUCUGA